UAUGCUAGCAACAACAAAACAACAAUUCGCUUCUCCUGCAAACGACUCGUUAAACUCUUGUCCAACGUCAUGAAACGAACUAAAACUCUCUAGCUGAUCUAUUGCCAGUACAAAUGGACGUCAACGAGUGUGUUUUAUCGGCGGGCAGAGCCGUGCUGGAGAUGGUGGAGCGGGAGUGGCAGCCUCUGUCUGCGGGGGAGCUGGAGCACCGGCUUGACCAGGCGGUGGAGGAGAUUCUGGAGUCGGACCUCAUUGCAAAACUUGAAGCGCAGCCUCCUCCUCCUCCACAGACUAUUUACGUGCAACUACUGCAGAGCCAGGCGAGUGUGGGACCCCAAGUUUUACACACAACAACCACAACAUCAUGCAGCCCGCCGGAGGAAGAGGCAGCAGAGUCCCAGGACCCGCUGGAAACUGUGGACAGUGCAGCAGUCAAGUACAUCUCAGACCUGCUUCAAAGCUCUAAAUCCAGGGCUCGGAUGGCUGGACGGGCUCGCUUGUCUCUGUCCCACACCGUCCUCCUGUCUCUCACCCUUCUCUCCGAACGUGUCAGCUACCGCUCAGUGUCUCGCCGCUUCCAGCUGGAGAAAGGAAAUAUUCACAGGAUCUUCUUUUCUUUCUGUGAGCGCAUCAACACCCUGGAGGAGAAGCAGAUCCGGUGGCCUGUCGGCAGAGAGGCUGAAGAGGCACUUUUCCCAUUUUCCAGUCUGAUUGGAAAAGACGAACGGGAAGAGGGAAAAGGUGUUCCUCAGGUCCUGGGAGUGUUGGGACACACCCGGAUCCCUAUCCGCCUGCCUAUAGGGAAGCAUGAUGUGGAGAGCACAGUCCCUGAGGUGAAGAGAAUGAAAAAGGAGGCACAUCCUGACUCUUGGUUAAAUCUUGAGCUUGUAUGUAACCGUAGAGGCCAGUUUCUCUACUGCAGAAUCAGUAAAGGAUCAGACAUGGACAGAGGCGGUGCUCUGAUAGACAGACUGAAACAACUCCCUGAGCUGAUGCCCUCUGGGUCCUGCCUCAUAGCCAGAGCCGGAUACCCGCUCACUGCUCAGGUUUUAACUCCAUACGCAGAAAGUCACGGACCGAGAGAGGAGCUCUUUAACAAGACGCUGGAGGAGCAUCUUCACAUCCUGGACCAGGCUGUUGCCAACCUGAGAGCCAGAUUUAAAAGGCUAAGGUAUCUGGAUAUUGGACACUACGACAGAGCUAGAGCUGUUGUGCUGACUGCCUGUGUGCUACACAAUGUGUUUGUGGAGAUGGGACAAGUUUUUGAAGGAGAGGCUGAGAAAGAGGAAGCCAUAACAUGUGAGGGACAUGCGGAGGCAGAUGAUGAGAGCAUACGCAGACGUGACAUGAUUGCAGAUCUGCUGUUUAAAAACUUUGACCCUGGAAACACAUGAUUUUAUGAUGUUUUGUAUAUAGCAGUCCUGUGAAAUAAAGAUUUAUUUUCAACUGAA